CUAUGGUCGCGGCGGAAAAAAAUAUUUUCGCGGAUGACGUUCGCGCGGCGAAAUCGGCGGAGGAGCGUUACGACGACGUUGCGGUGAUUGUUGCGCGGCUGACGCGCGCGGAUCUGCCUGUGUGUGCAUACGCUGCGGGACACGACGAGCAGGCCGUGCGAGAUGGAGAGUAUAUUCCACGAGAAGCAAGAGGGAUACCUGUGCGCCCAGCAUUGCCUGAACGCGCUCCUGCAGGGACCGUACUUUAAUGCCGUAGACCUGGCGAACUUCGGCCACCAGAUGGACGAGGAGGAGAGGAUCCGGAUGGCCGAGUCGGGCGUCGACAGCGAGGAUUACAAGCUGUUCCUCGAGCAACCGUCUGGAAACAUGGACGACAGUGGAUACUUUUCAGUCCAAGUUAUCAGCAGCGCGUUGAAAGUCUGGGGCUUAGAACUGGUCCCGUACAACAGCACGGAACCGACAGCUCUAAUGGCACAGAAUGAUCCUUCACGGAUGAGGGCGUACAUUUGUAAUUACAAGGGACAUUGGUUCACGAUAAGGAAGCUCGGAAACCAGUGGUUCAAUCUAAACUCGAUGCUGAGCGGACCGCAGCUUAUAUCGGACACUUAUCUCGCAAUGUUUUUAGCUCAAUUGUUGCAAGAAGGUUAUUCUAUCUUUAUUGUUAUCGGUACAUUUCCACAAUGCCCUGCAGAAGAUGUUCUCCUGAAAAAUCCAAUAGUCGCGAAAAGCAGCGCGAGUUCAGCGCCGAAGGACACGUCGUCCGCGGGUUACCGCCUGGGCACCAAGGCGGAGGACGAUGUCCUCAAGGCCGCGCUCGCGAUGGGCGAGGUGAAGGUGCCGCAGUCGUCCUGCGCGAGCGGCAGCGGCUGCGCCUCGUCGGAGCUCGAGCUGCCCACCGCGCCCACCAGGCCGCGCGAGAGGAUAAUACCGAUCCGGCUGGAGGAGGAGAGCGACGAGGAGGAGGAGGAGGACGAGAACGUGCAAUUGGCCAAGGCCCUGCAGAUGAGCCUGCAGAACAGCGAGGAGGACGUAGACAAGAAUUUGCAGCUGCGACUGGACCUACACACCGACGAGAAGGCCUCGCACCUCGCGUCGUCCCCGGUCGACAACGCGGACGACGAGGACGACGAGCUGAGACGGGCGCUGCAGCUGAGCCUCGAGUGCGUGACUGCCCCACCCACCCCCGACCCCGAGGAUCUACGCUGGCGUCGGUUGAACCACUUCAGCAUGUACGCGAGGACGCCCAGUGGCGAGGCCCCCGCGAAACUGAACACUUAACAAUAAGCGCAAAUUCUAUCUAUCUCUCUCUCUCUCUCUCUCUCUCUUUCUGCACAAAUUGUCUACUUCUUCUACUAAACUGACCGCUACGUUGUAAAUUAUAUAUGAUCGAAUAGUUGAGCUCGGGAAGGCACGUCACUUUGUAUACUAAUGUUGUAACGAUAAUAGAAGUGUCUCGUUUCUAUUCGUGAAAAAUUGACUAAAGGUGUGUCGCCGAGGAGCCAAAGUUAUCGGAACGCCUCCUAUCCCCCCCUCACACACACAAUUUUGUUAUACUAAUCGUUCUCGGAAUAAAAAAAGGAAAACAGGAUUGAGCAGCGAA